GUUUUCUAGUAUUUGCUUUUCAAAAAUGGCCGGGGGAAUUUUCAAGGCAUUUUUAUGGGUUACUGCGGCUAUGGCGCUUGCAAUGGCCGAGGGGGCUCGUGCACAGCUAGUGCCUUGCUAUUUUGUUUUCGGAGAUUCAGUCUUCGACAACGGUAACAACAAUGACUUGAAUACCUCCGUCAAAGUUAACUAUUCACCUUAUGGUAUUGAUUUUGCUAGAGGUCCUACCGGCCGGUUCAGCAAUGGCCGUAAUAUUCCAGACUUUAUUGCUGAACUGAUGGGAUUCAGUGAUUACAUUCCACCUUUCGCUGGAGCAUCUCCAGAACAAGCUCACACUGGUAUAAACUACGCUUCUGGUGCUGCCGGAAUUCUUGAAGAGACUAGCUACCAUUUGGGAGAUAGAAUCAGUUUCGGAAAACAAAUACAGAACCACCAGACGAUGAUAAUGACGGCGAAUGUGCCACUGGAGAAGCUGGAGAGAUGUCUAUAUACAAUUAAUAUUGGAAGCAAUGAUUUCCUCAACAAUUAUUUCAUGCAAGGUUAUAACUACAAUACUAGUCGCACGUUCACUUACGAUCAAUAUGCUGAGUUCCUCAUUGGACGUUACCGCUCGUAUUUGAAGUUAUUGUAUGUCCAAGGAGCAAGGAAGGUGGCGUUGUUUGGGGUCAGUAAGCUUGGGUGCACGCCGCGGAUGAUCGCCUCCCAUGGUGGCGGUCUAGGCUGCGCUGCUGAAGUGAACAAAGCAGUUGAACCAUUCAACAAGAAUCUCAAAGCCCUGCUCAGAGAGUUUAACACAAACUUCACCGAUGCUAAGUUCACUUACGUUGAUAUUUUCACCAGUCAAAAUCCUCUUGCGUAUGCUGCCUUAGGGUUUACGGAAACAGAAAAGAGUUGCUGUACGGUCGAAUCAGGGAAAGAACUAUGUGCGGCGAAUAAACCGAUUUGUGAGUUUCGAAGAAGGUACGUGUACUGGGACAAAGUCCACAGCACUGAGGCGGCCAACAUGUUUGUGGCAGAUUCUGCGUUUGCUGGAGUCAAUGCUUUUCCUUACAGCCUUGCUUCACUUGCAAUAUUAUAGGGAUACUAUUCUCAAAAAACAUCAUUCAAGUUUCUUUUUGUGGAAAUUUAUAUAUACAUUUUUAAAAUUCAAUUUUUUAUGAUUUAACAAGGAAAACUUUCAUGUGGUCAACAUGUAUAAGCAAAUUAUUAGUCACAUGGUCGACUUUAGUUUUAAAAG